UCUUCGCAGUCAUUCUUUAAUAACUUAGAUUUUCACUUCUUGUUGCAUCUAUAUCACGAAAUGAAAGUCGGACAUGGCGCGAUUGGUUUGAAAUUUAUAAGCGGUUUACUCAGUUGUAUUAUCAUACCAUAAAACUUUGUAGCAGGCUAUCCAUAACAAAUAUCGGAUAUGUUUAUUAUUUUUGUUCUUGCUGUAUUGUGGGAUUUACAUGUAUACGCUAGUGGGCAAGGUUUGAGAAAAAGCGCGGUGUUUGAGGGCACCGUGAAACUGCCAGCAUGCACUCACCCAUGCGUAUUUUCCGAAGCCAACGUUCCUCUGAUGGCAAGCUGCCGUAUCCAAGGGAUCUUAGACAACAGUAAUGUCACCUUCCACAUCGGAACGAAUAUUCGAAUACAAGCCCAGAGAAUGGGAAGCGAUGGCAUCUUUCAGGCACGUGGCUAUACUGUAAGAGAGGAAGAUCAUUUAUCCACUAUUAGAUGCGAAGUCGGACUACCAGGGAAGCCUACUUCAACCUAUUCUAAGGCGACAAUAUACAUUACCAAGGAGUCAUCGACUCCGCAAUUAAUAUCAGAACCUAUCAACGGAAAUCUGAAUAUCAAAUGCAGGACAACAGGUGGCCGCCCACCGCCCGAGUUAGAAAUAUCGAAAGUGAUCAAUGUGACACAAAUGGGCGACGAGGCAACGGUUACAUCAUCAUCGGAGCUUAUGAACGAAGAAAUGUUCAAAUGUUGCACCAUAGAUCGCUACUUUCCCUCAAAAUGUUCAGGGCUCUUUACAAUGUUUCGUGGUGAUGUGAUGCCUUUUACGCAAUUGAUGUCCUCUGAGAAAUCAUACACUCUUCUGUUUGGUAUUACAAUCGCCGUGUCGUCUCUGCUAUGCUUCCUCAUCGUCGCUUGCAUAAUGGUAGCUGUAAUUUACUGGCGAAGGAAACGAGUGAGGCAAUUAAACGAGCGUGUACAGAAUCACGAGCUCGUGUUACCUCGCCCGAUGUCUACCAUUUCGUGUAAAAUCGACCAUUACGACCACCCGUGCGAAAUGAGCCCUGACCAGACUGAAUUCACGACGGUGUAUAAUUGCGGAAAAUAUUUACGCCCAAAGUGAUCAAUGCUCGUCAUUGCCUCGUUUUUGACAAAGUGAAAGCAAAACAGCAGUUAAUGUUGGAAUAUUGGAGAGCGGUUUUCUGAAACUACCGAUCUUCCCAUUAAUCAUGGAAUAAAGCAUACAUCACA